UAAAGAAUUUACAUGCCCAAAGGAAAAUGAUAAGAAUAAUCCUAAUGGACUUUACGCUAAUUCAAAAGACUGUUCUACAUUCUAUCAAUGCGCUAACGGUAUUCCGUAUCUGAUGAAUUGCCCUGAUGGUUUACAAUGGUGUACGAAACUAUUAAGAUGUGAAUGGCCUGAAAAUUCUGAUUGCGGUGCCAAAAACGGGACUAAAGAUAAGAACAGCAACUAG